GUGAUCAGAGUGGUUUAGCGAAGUUGUUUCUCUUUUCUCUUUCAGUUUUGUUUGUGAUUUCGUCGGGUAAGGUGUGUGUAGUCGUGCCGAUUUUGCAUUUUGUGGCUUUAAUAAGUGAAGUAGUACAUAAGGAUUUUUAGCUGUCUCUAUAUGUAUACAUUUACUUGUUUAUUCCAUUGUGUGUACACUUAGUGGUGUAGCGUUAGCAGUGGAAAGUCAUUCCUUAUCUCAGAUAAAAAUUGGGAGUUUCAAGUUCUUGUAGUGAAUCUAAAGUUUUUGUAAAAAUUUUUAAAUAAUAUAAAUCCACAAAAUCAAAACUUAGUAAAAACUAAAAUCACCAAACAAUCAAAUAAAAUCGAAAAACACAAAUAUAUAUAUACAUAUACAUAUAUAAAAAUGGCAUCCGAGGUAAGUCAGACACCAGUCACUGAAAAUAAGGUUGCUGAAGAGGCGGCGGCGACGGCAGCGACCAAGCCAGAAAUAACAGCUACAGAGGCAGUAGCAGCCAAGGAGAAUAACGCUGAAAGCAAUGGUGCUGAUACAGCGAACGCACAAGAGAAAGGUGACGACACAAAGGCGUCGGCCGGUGAAGACACAAAGAAAGAUGGAGACAAUGCUACUGCUGCAGCAGCAGCCAACAGCAAAACCGAACCAGCACCAAAGUUCAAUGUGCAUAAAACAAACUUUGAGAAGGAUGUAAUAUAUCUGUAUCAGUUCUCCCGCACUCCUUUGCUGCCAUCGCUAUCACCAUAUUGUCUAAAAGUUGAAACAUGGCUGCGUCUGGCCGGCCUCAAAUACGAGAAUGUGGACCAUAAAAUGCGAUUCCGUUCGAAGAAGGGACAAUUGCCUUUCAUUGAGUUGAACGGUGAAGAGAUCGCUGACUCAGCCAUUAUCAUCAAAGAGCUAUCAGCACGAUAUGAGAAGAAUUUGGAUGCCGCUCUGACAACAGAGCAACGAAACGUGUCAUAUGCAAUGAUUGCUAUGUUGGAGAAUCAUUUGAUUUGGAUUAUUUUUUAUUGGCGCGCCAAGUAUCCCGAUAAUGUACUAAAAGGUUAUAAAGUGAAUUUGCAACAUGCUCUCGGCCUACGUUGGCCGAAUUCGAUUUUGAAUUUUGUUUUCAAAUUCACUUUUGGUCGAAAGGGUUCGAAAAAAUUGAAGGCUCACGGCAUUGGCGUACACAGCCCCGAGGAGAUUGAGGAGUUUGGCAAGAACGAUUUGAAGGUGUUAAGCGAAAUGUUGGACUGCAAGCCGUUCUUCUUUGGCGAUGAGCCAACCACUUUGGAUGUGGUUGCGUUUGCCAUAUUGUCGCAAUUGCAUUAUCUGUCGAAGGAUAUCUCGUAUCCAUUGCGCGACUUCAUGACCGAAAAAUGCCCCAAUUUGGUCGGACAUGUGUCACGAAUGAAGGAGCGAUGCUUCCCCGAUUGGGAUGAGAUUUGCACAAAAUUGGACUUGAAUGCACAUAUUCCAAAACCAGAGCCUGAGACAAAGGAAGGCAAGGAAGGUGAGCCAGAGAAAUCAAACGAGCAAGAAAAUGAUUCCGACAAGAAUGAGAAGGAGAUGGAAAAAGAUAAGUCAAAUGAAAAAGAGAUCACAGAGGAGAAUAAGGAGAAGGAGGAAACAAAGUAAAUAUCGAUAUCGGUAAACUUAGAACAACUGUAAAGGACAUGCAUUUAAAACAAAAACAAAAAUAAUCAUACACCCAAAAGCAUAAUACAAUAAAUUUGAAAACAUUUUUAUAUAUAUUACGAUUAGCAUAAAAUUAUAAAGAAAUUAUACAUAAUGUAUAAGAAAUUGCAAUUAGUUAAAAGCGAAAUAACAUCUGACGAUGAUGGAUGAUUCUAACUUCUAAUUUUGUUUCAUUUUACUUUCUUCAUUUGUGUAAUUAUCAUUUUUUACUGUAUAAUUAGGUAUAUUGUUUAUUUCACUCCCAAUUAAUAAAAACAACAAUAUUUAAACAAAAAACAGUAAUGCAUUAAGCCUAAAUGUAAUUAAUUUUAUUUUUUAUAAUCAAUUACAUAAUUUGUGUGCAAAUAUAUAAAAUAUGUAAUGAAGAAAAAUUAUAUCGUAUGAACAUUGUGUUUUGGAAGUUGACAAAACAAAAAACAAAAUAAAAUGCUGCUACAGGAGUUGUAAUUUCUUACUAGAAUCAAAGAAAUCAUUGUGAAAAAGAACGUAAUUAAUAAUGAAUAAUAAAAAUACUCAAAGUUCGAAAUAAAUACAUCAAACAUUACAUAAAAUACGUACAUCUACACAUGCAUGCGAAUGUAGUUGCAUUAGCGCACUACACAUACGCACUUCGCAACAUGCAGUCAAGCAAAAAAGCAAAAACAAACAUACCAUACAAAAAAGAUAACUUAAAAACCACACCUGCAUACAUAAA